GCAUCUCUGGCCCUAAUGAAAGAUCUGUUUCGAACUAUCGUAUUUUCGCUCGAAGGAACACUUCGGUUUCCGUAAAAAACAGCAUCUUUGAUUUUUGAUAAAUUUCACUGCAAACUUCUGAAUAGUCUUUCCAAACAGUUGGUAAGUCUUUUACUGCUACAAAACGUCACCAUGUCCGGUGUAUUUCGGGUUGGCAUCCGGUUUUUAAAUCGUGCGGCACCGGUCAAAUGCAUUCUUGAACCGAGAACUUGCUCCCCGAUGUUCAUUCCGGCCUGCAAUAUAUCUGGUAAGACUUUGCGCGGCUCUAAUCUUAGCAGACCAAAACCCUUUCCCUACCUUGAAAAGGAAUAUACGGCAUUCCAAGCGUGCAAGGAUGUCCUAUUUAAGACUACCACUAGCCGAUUUGACGAGAACACUAAGGUCGUAGUUGUUGAUGGUCCGAUUGCUGCUGGUAAGUCUGCAUUUGCAAAAGAACUUGCGACUGAGUUGGAGAUGAAGUAUUUCCCAGAGUCGAACAUGGAUAGUUAUUACCUGAAUCGCUACGGAUAUGAUAUGCGUCAAUUAGAUCCGCAGUUACCGCCCAACAUGCGAAGUUUCGAUACGAACAAUUUUCUACAAGAUCCUACCAAUCGAAAUGUGGCGACUUUUCAAAUUCGCAUGAUGGUGCUGCGUUACUCGCAGUAUAUCGAUGCUCUGGCACAUCUCUUCUCCACCGGUGAAGGAGUGGUGCUGGAUCGGUGCGUCUACUCGGACUUCGUUUUUCUUGAAGCCAUGUACAAAAGCGGAUUUAUUUCCAAAGCUGCUCGUUCCGUCUAUUACGACUUGGUCAAGAAUACUUUCGCGGAACUUAUGAAGCCACAUUUAGUCAUCUAUCUGGAUGUUCCCGUUCAGGUGGUUAAAGAUCGCAUCAAAAAACGAGCUCAUCCAGCUGAAGUAAACACAAAAGUGCUGACCGACCAAUAUCUAAAGGAUAUGGAACAAAUCUAUAAGCAGCAAUACUUGAAGGAUAUCAGCAACCAUGCUGAGUUGCUAGUUUACGACUGGUCGGACUACGGUGAAACAGAAGUCGUUGUUGAGGAUAUUGAGCGUAUCGAUUUUGACCGCUUCGACAAGGAUGAUACACACAUGCGUGAUUGGCGAAUGGAAAACGAAGAAGAAUGGACCGAGGCACGCGCCCGUUACAUGAACAAGCCGGACUUGCUGAACUUCUUCAACGUACCGCGCUACGAUGUCCCUGAACUGGUUGUAUCGCCUGAGGACUUUAAAGAUUGGUACGACGUUUGGUUUGAAGCUCCAGGCAUGAAGUUUCGCAAGGGAUACAAUGUUGAGUGCGGAGACACUGGCAUUUUGACCAAAACCAAGCUGACGUUCUAAAUUUGUUACAUCUUUAAUUCUGAGUGCGAAAACUAUCGCUUUUAGUGUGGUUAAUAAAUGCGAAUAAGUUGUAA